AUGGCCAUCAAGACGGGAGGUCAUUUCCAUGGCGGUUCUGUUCUAUGGUGGAAGUCGGCUAAGAAGCUUUUCAUUGCCGACACGAUUGCGAUCGUUCCGAGUGGACUGUACCAUGUUGAUCGCCCUCCUGGUACCUCUUCGUUUUCGUUUAUGUGGUCCUAUCCAAAUUAUAUUCCUCUUUCCCCGGACGAGAUACAUGGCAUAUGGAACGCCAUCAAAGACCUCGAUUUUGAGGACACCCAUGGGGGCUUCUUGGGACAGGAAAUUAGAGGUAAUAGCAAAGAGAAGAUCCUCCAAAGCCCGAAAAUUGUGGUUGGGGCGUCCGGUCAGCUUCAGCAUCCAUUACUAAACGAAUUCUAA